UGGUCCCCCAGACCCUCUCUUAACUCCCCAAAGUGGUUAAAAGGCAGGAAAAGUGCCAUCUGGAGCCCCCGAAAACAGAAUUGAGACCGUCUAGCCUGGUAAUGGACAGAUACUGAUUUAUCCACCACAACCGACAGCAGAACACUAAUUCUCAGGAGUGAGGCAAGAAACUUUCUGCUUGCAUCAAAAUGAAACCCACAUGGAGCAAACUUGUGGACUACGCUGUUAACCUUGUUCUACUCUACUGAGCUGCGUGACCAAGGAUUAGAUAAACUGAUAGCAACUCAAAAUCUUGACACUCAGGAGGCGACAGUGCAGUGACUCAACAGCACAGACAGCCCUGGGUGUGCCGUCUCCAGCUCUGCCUCUGCCUGGCUCUGGCAAGCUUCUUGACCUUUGACAAGUUGUUCAACACAGUGGGAUCAGAGUAUCUUUGUGUGGAAAAAAAAAAGUGUAAGAUAAAAUCAUGUGAAGUGCUGGAAUAUAAUGAGCACUCAACACAUUCUACCUCCAGCUCUCAGUGGGAAAAGCCUAUUAAUCCUGCUUUGCCUUUUGUUUGUGACUUGGGGUGAAACACUUCAUCUGUGUCAUAUCUGCACGUAUGAAAUAUCUUGCCUUGUAGAGUGAGGCCAAGCCCAGAGCCUGCAUCCAGCACACGAUGACUCCUAGCUGUCCUUACCCCACAGCCCUCGUACAGCUUGGGACUGUCCACUGGGCCGCUCUAGUUUCUAAUCAUUUGCCCCGCCCCUUUGGAGUAUCAAGGCUGUAGAAGAGAGAGGAAUCUUGUCUUCCAGUUCCUCACGGCCUGCUACAAAAACGCAGUAUCCAUUCUUGGUCCCCAGGACAGGGGCUCUGUAUACAUGCUUCUCCUUCAUAGGCCUUAGCGUAGCCAGGCCUUCAUUCAGUUGCUGUCUAUCCAGGGAACUAAGAGAUGUUGAAAGUCAGGGCAUAGUGCCCGCUGACCUCAUCUGUCCCUGUCAUCUAUUUCUGUUACCUUCCCCAGGCCUGGCAUGACGAAAUCUGCUCUCAUUAGGACUGUUGCUCCUUUAGAGCAUGAUCUAACUGCAGGGGCCCCACAAGUAAAAGAUGGGAGGCACCCUUCAGCAACAGGAAACCCUCCAGCAACAAGCCUAUGCGUCGGGAACAGCUGGAAGACGCAGACAGUGGGGUGCUGACAUUGGAGCUUCAGCUGGCUGAGUGUGGCUCAUGCCACUGGGAGGCCAAGAGGCCUCGGCUGGUGGCUGGACCUCAGUUCCUGGCCUUCCUGGAGCAACACUGUCCAGUCACUGUGGAGACUUUCUACCCUACACUGUGGUGUUUCGAGGGACGGCUACAAACCAUCUUCCGAGUCUUUCUGCAGACUAAGCCCCUAGUCCCUUACCAGAGUGAAGUCCUCCCUACCCCAGAUGGGGGCCAGCUGCUGCUCGACUGGGCCGAGCAGCCUGACAGCAGUCAGUACCCGGACCUUUCCACCCAGCCCAUCGUGCUGCUGCUUCCGGGCAUCACUGGCAGUAGCCAGGAGACGUACGUCUUGCACCUGGUUAGCCAAGCUCUGAGGGACGGCUACAGGGCCGUGGUAUUUAAUAACCGGGGCUGCCGUGGGGAAGAACUGCUGACUCACAGGGCUUUCUGCGCCAGCAAUACUGAAGAUCUAGAGACCGUUGUGAACCACAUAAAGCACCGCUACUCCCAAGCUCCACUACUGGCCGUGGGCAUCUCUUUCGGAGGGAUACUGGUGCUGAACUACCUGGCGAAGAGCAGGCAGUCUUCGGGGAUAGUGGCAGCACUGACACUGUCUGCAUGCUGGGAUUCCUUAGAGACCACCCGCUCCCUGGAAACCCCGCUCAACUCACUGCUCUUCAACCAGCCACUCGCUGCUGGGCUCUGCCGGUUUAUGGACAGAAACAGAAGGGUGAUGGAGAAUAUGGUGGAUGUGGACUUUGUGUUACAGGCCCGCACCAUCCGCCAGUUCGACGAACGCUACACAUCUGUGGCCUUCGGGUAUCCGGACUGUGUCACCUACUACCAGGCAGCGAGCCCAAGAACUAAGGUAGAUGCCAUCCAGACCCCUGUGCUCUGCCUCAAUGCAGCGGAUGACCCCUUCUCCCCAGUUCACGCCCUUCCCCUACAGGCUGCCCAACAUUCUUCCCACGUUGCACUGCUCAUCACAGCCCGGGGAGGGCACAUCGGCUUCCUGGAAGGGCUGCUGCCCUGGCAGCACUGCUACAUGAGCCGCCUCCUGCACCAGUACGCCAGGGCCAUCUUCCAGCACCUGGCCGAGCUGCGUGACCUCACGGCUCGCUCGCCUUCUCAGGACGGAAAGAGCUGACGAGAGGAUCAUUUGGGGGUCUCAACAGUUCAGUCUCCCUUAUUUAUUAAAUAUCAACUUCUGCCUGUU